AUGAAAGUUGUUUCAAUCGACAAAGGUAAGUCAGAACGUGGACGUACCGUUCUGACUAUAGUUCCAGAGGACAAAGAGGACUUAUUCGCAAUGUACCAAAUCAUCGAUAUAGGCGAUGUAGUCAUAUUCAAAAAACUAUACACAAACAAGAGUGAGGACACCAACAAGAAGACUGUCACAGACUUAGCUAGGAUUAAAUUGAAGAUUUUAAAUAGAGAAUUUGACAUUAAAGAUGAGUAUUUAAGAUACAAGGGUAUAUCUUGUCCUGAUGAAUCAGGAACGGAAAACAUUGACUCCGAAGUUCCCAUUGGCAAAUAUAUCAGUUUUAGUAUCGUCUACAACCAUCCUAUUACUAUUUACAAAUCCCACUUCAAUAAAUACGCUGAACAGCUACUUGCUGAGGCUUGUGAACCGGAAAGUCAAGCUGAUACCGCUGCCGUGGUACUACAAGAGGGUAUAUCACAUAUCUGUCUUCUAACAGCAUCUUCAACCAUACUGAAACAGAAAGUAGAAUUCAGCAUGCCAAAAAAGAAGAACGCUAAAGAUGUGGAGAAAUUUGAAGCCAAAAUGGAGAAAUUCUACCGAGCUACAUACGAUGCCAUAGUCAAACAACUUGAUUUUGACCAAAUCAGAAUGGUUAUAAUCUGUUCCCCAGGGUUCUACGCCAAGACUCUGCUAACUAAUAUUAUGAAAUAUGCAUCCCAGGACCAGAAUGACUUAAUAUUAAAAAAUGAAGCUAUUUUUGUUGUGGCCCAUUGUUCAACUGGAUAUUUACAGGGUAUCUCAGAAGUGCUAAAGAACCCUGAAUAUGCAUCUCUCUUAGAAGAUACAAAAUUUGUAAAGGAAGCAUUAAUUUUUGAUGACUUCUUAGAACACAUUGAGACUGAAGAUGACAAGGCAUGGUAUGGAAAAACCGAAAUUUACAAAGCCGCUGAAAUGGAGGCGAUAGAUACAUUAUUGAUCACAAGCAACACACUGCGAUCUGACGACAUUGCUGAACGAGAGAAGAACAUGGACUUAAUCGAGCAAAUUAAAGCUCAGAAUGGCAAAGUUAUUGUAUUUAGCAACUUUAGAGAUUCGGGUGUUGAGCUACAGCAUAUUGGCGGAUUUGCAUGUCUUUUGAAAUACCCAGUUCCUGAUUUAGAUGAUUUAGCAAAUGAUGCACCACCAGAUACUUUAAUUACUGCGUAA